CGUUUAGUAGGGUAGAGGCGCCACAUUCAAACCCCUCCCUCAACGAAGCUAAAUCUCCGGCGCUUCUAACCAGUAACCGGCAAUUUAACAAAUUGUUCCAACAAAUUACGUUCUUGGAGUUUCGACGCACAAGAUGGGGUCUGCAUCAAAAAGGUCGAAAAAAUCACAAACAACUGAUAGUGGGUCUGAAGAUUUUGAAGACAUGGACGAUUUGGAACUUGCUGCUGGGGAAGAGGAAUACUUCAGCGACGAAGAUGACAAUUCAGAGGACGAAGAACAAGUAGACGAGGACGAAGAGGACGAUGAUGAAGAAGAGGAUGAGGAGGAAGUAGAAGAAGAAGAUGUAGGGGUGGAGGACGGAGAUUGGAGUGCUGAAGAAGAAGCCGGUGGUGUGCAAAAUGAUGACCAUAAUGAUGCUGAAAUGGAGGAACUUGAAAAAGAAUAUAUGAAUCUUCGUCAUCAGGAACAAGACAUUUUGAAGAAUUUGAAGCAACACAAGGAUGAAGAUCUUCUUAAAGGUCAAGCAGUGAAGAAUCAAAGGGCUUUGUGGGACAGAAGUCUUGAGUUGAGAUUUUUGCUUCAAAAGGCAUUCUCCAAUUCAAAUAGAUUGCCAAAGGAGCCAGUUAAGACCUCAUUUUGUGAGUUAGACAAGGCUGUUGAGGUGGCAUAUUCAGAUUUGAUUACAUCAUCAAAAAAUGCAUUAAAUUCUUUAUUGGAACUACAAGAGGCUUUACUUGAGAAUAAUAAGCAUAUUGACCAAGCGACCGAUGGCCAUCCUGGAGGAUCAGUAAAGCACUUGGAGUCUUCUAAAACCAUAGAUACUCAAACUGAAAAUGAUGAAGAUUGGUCCCGAGUCGCUCAGAUGAAUCAAAGGAUAGGUGCUUUCAGAGACAAGUCAAUCGACAAAUGGCAUAGGAAAACACAGGUUACAACAGGUGCUGCAGCUAUAAAAGGCAAACUGCAGGCCUUCAAUCAGAAUAUUAGUGAACAAGUAGCUGCAUAUAUGAGAGACCCGAGUAGGAUGCUUAAUCGGAUGCAACUAAGGAGAUCGACCGUACAAGUAUUUGGGACGGUCGUUGACGGAGCCAAGAGCAAGCCACAGGAAGCAGAAGCUGAAGGAGGAGGUGACCCUGAGCUUGUGGAUGACUCAGAAUUUUAUCAGCAAUUAUUGAAGGAAUUCUUUGAGACGAUUGAUCCAAAUUCAUCUGAGACGGCGUUUUAUGCACUGAAAAGGCUGCAAACGAAGAAGAGAAAGAUAGUGGAUCGGCGAGCCUCGAAGAGUCGAAAGAUAAGAUAUAAUAUACACGAAAAGAUAGUGAAUUUCAUGCCUCCUCUGCCGCUGGAUCUUCACGAGGCCACUCCCAAACUAAUCAGCAACAUCUUUGGCUUGAAACUCCACAACCCAACUACAACUGCAACUACAACUGCCAUUUAGUUUAACACUCUCUUUUUUGGAUUUUGUCUUUUUACUUUCUCGUUUAUUUCUUAGGCUUUCCAUCAUUCUUCUUCCUUUUUUAUGUGGAGAAUUUUAUUUACAUACUUUGGGGUGCAAAUUCGCACUGCAACCUUUAAUAGGAGGUAUGUGCUUUUGAGCUAUGUUUAAAGUUGGGGAAUGAAAUAUUAGAUAUAUAUACUUACCUUUUUAUUUA